GGAGGAAAACAGAAGGCGACUGGAAGAAAAUGUAAACAAUUUGGUAGUGUUAGCGGCCAUACAAAUGAAGUGUUCUGGUAACUGACAGGCUAUACGAUUUCUGAUUAUAAGAAGUCUAUUUGGAAAUAAGACAUUUAAUCUUUUUAAUUUCAUUUACUUCUGAAAUGCAAGCUAUACAUAGAAAAAUGGUACUAGCGAAAGAUUAUAACAGUGAUGAUCAGCUAUAUUUAUUUUUAAAUGAAAGGCGAAAAAAGAAAAUCUCAUUGUUAUGGGUGUUUAUUUUUUUAGGUUGCGUCUUGUGUUUCCUUAGUUUUGCUUAUUGGUAUUCUAUUAAAUAUACAGUAAUUUACUUCUGUGGGAUUAAAACUGACAUUUCCCCUGUGUGUUCAGAAAUUUCUGAUGCUGACAAAUUUGACUGUCACCCAGAUAAAAAUAUUUCUGAAAAAAGUUGUUUACAACGAGGCUGUUGUUAUCAAAUAAAUUCGAAAACGACAUUCAAUAAAUCACUUUCUCUUGGUGUUCCUUAUUGUUUCUUUCCUUCCAAUUAUGACGGUUAUUCCGUUUCUAAUUUAACAUGCGAUGAAAGACAUAUCAAAGCAGAUUUAAAAAGAACAUCUCCAUCUGGAUUUCCAAAUGAUAUUCUAAAUUUACGUCUUUUAAUUUCUUUGAUUGAUGACUAUACAGUAAGAAUUAAGAUAACAGAUGCAAAUGCUGCUCGUUUUGAAAUACCUAUACCUCUUAAUGAUGGACUAAAAAGCUUAGAGAAGCCAUAUUAUAAUGUGACUGUAGAUGCUGAAACAAGUCAACUUACCAUUACCAGAAAGGCAACUAAAACCAUUAUAUUUAAAACAAAAUUAUCACAGCUUGUUUAUUCUGACCAGUUGCUACAAUUAUCGUCGUAUCUUCCAAGUCCAUACCUUUAUGGAAUCGGAGAAACUUCUGGCAGAUUUCUAAGAAAUUUAAAUUGGACCAGAACUACUCUUUUUAAUAGUGACCGUGCACCAACAACUAAUUACCCAACCUAUGGGAGUCAUCCGUUUUAUUUAUCAUUAGAAGAGGAUGGAAAUGCCAACGGACUUUUCUUAUUCAAUAGCAAUGCUAUGGAUGUUAUUUUGCAACCAACUCCUGCUAUAACUUUUAGACCCAUUGGUGGAAUUUUGGAUUUCUUUAUAAUGUUGGGACCUUCUCCUGCUAAUGUUGUCCAACAAUAUACAAAUAUAGUUGGAAGAACUUUCAUGCCUCCCUAUUGGAGCUUGGGGUUCCAUUUGUCUCGUUUUGGAUACGGAUCUCUCGACACAACCAAUGAAACUUUACAACGUAACAUUGAUGCUGGUAUUUUGGUGGAUGUUCAGUGGAAUGAUAUUGAUUAUAUGGAUAAAAAUAAAGAUUUUACUUAUGAUGAAGAUAAAUUUGCUGCCUUACCUGGCUUUGUAGAAUAUUUGCACAAUAAAGGAAUGCAUUAUGUGAUCAUGACAGAUCCUGGUAUUAGUUGCUCAGAGGAAGCUGGCUCUUAUCCUCCUUAUGAUGAUGGAGUUCAUGAUGACGUUUUCAUAAAAAAUCCAAAUGGUACCCAAUUUGUUGGAAAAGUAUGGACUAAUGGAGAAACUGUUUUUCCAGAUUUUAGUCACCCUAAAACUGAUGCUUAUUGGUCAAAACAACUUGCUAAAUUUCACAACAUAAUAGAAUAUGAUGGUCUUUGGAUUGAUAUGAAUGAACCAUCCAAUUUUUACAAUGGGGGUUCUGAUGGUUGCAUGAACUCUUCCUAUGAAGAUCCCCCAUACAUACCCAAUGGAGAUUCAAAUUUGCCAUUGUACCAUAAAACCAUUUGCAUGACUGCCCGACAUUAUUCAACAAUCCACUACAAUGAGCAUAACUUAAUGGCAAUCAGAGAGGCUAUUGCAACAAAUCAAGCUUUAAGGAAUAUCAGAAAGAAAAGACCAUUUAUAAUAUCCAGAGCUUCAUUUGCUGGACAAGGACGGCAAAGUGGACACUGGAAUGGAGACAUAUCAUCAACAUGGGAUGAUAUGCGAUACACUAUUCCAUCACUGCUGAACUUUAAUCUGUUCGGAAUGUCCAUGAUUGGAUCUGACAUAUGUGGAUUUUCUGGAAAUACCACUGUUGAAUUGUGUGCUAGAUGGCACGCUUUGGGAGCCUUUUACCCAUUUGCAAGGAAUCACAAUGAUCGUGGGAAUAUGGAACAAGAUCCUGCUAUUUUGGGUCCAGCUGUUAUUGAAGCUACUAGAAAGGCUUUUACACUUCGUUAUGUUUUUUUACCUUACUUAUACACUUUAUUUGCUCGCAGUCACGUAUUUGGUGAUACAGUUAUAAGACCUUUAUUUUUUGAAUUUCCUGAGGAUAAAAACAGCUAUUGGAUUGAUGAGCAGUUUCUUUGGGGACCUGGAUUAAUGGUAGUUCCAGUUUUGUAUGAGAAUACUACAAAUAUAACUGCAUAUUUUCCAAAAGGAACGUGGUAUGAUGUUCAAUUGAAUGCCAUUAACAGCUCUGGUGAAAGCAUUUCUCUUUAUAUCCCUUUAUCUGACAAUUAUGUUGCUUUCAGAGGUGGUUACAUUUUUCCUGCACAAUCUUUUCCUCUUCAAAAUACUGAAAUGAGUCGAAAACAACCGUUUGUUCUUUGGGUUUUCCUUGAUUAUGAUAUGAAAGCUCAAGGCGAACUGUAUUGGGACGAUGGUGAUUCGUUAGAUACUUAUGAAAAUGGAAAUUACAAUUUGAUCAGCUUCAGUGCAUCUCAGAAUGUUUUAAAGUCUACUAUAGUCAACAGUGGGUAUGAUGAUCCCAUGAAAACAGAUGUUAUUUGGGUUGUAGGAAUUAGUGAAACUGCUGCAGAAGUAACAGUAAAUGGCAUGAAUUGUAAACAUGCUAUGAAUUUAACAAAUGAAAUGAAUGCAAACAGCUUAUUAGAUCGACUACGGAUAUUUAAAGGAGAUGGUGAAAAAACACUUGACGGCUCAUCUUGUAGCUAUGGAUCUGUUCCUGAUGUAUUGGCCAUAUCAUUGCAGGAAGUUAGUCUGCUUUCUCCAUUGACUGUAAUGUGGAAGUAGGAUUUAUACUACUUCCAUAAUACUUACAGUAAUAUACAAUACUUUUUAUUACUUUGUAUCUUGACAAUGUAAUAAAAUGAAUCCUGACUUGGUUUUAUA